AUGAAAAAUUAUCUGGAUAGCUAUAAAAGUAUCUUUCUCGAUAUAAAUUUACGCGAUUUUUGGACGAUCUCUUCAUUGAUACGCAACGAACAACGUCUUCCAUCGUAUGAAGUGCUAAUUGACAACCUAACUCAGUUUUGGUUGGAGAAAAAUCACUAUAGCAAACAUUACUAUUUGCCUCUACUAUGUGUGCGAACCGGUUUCGACUUAUUCUUACGUGUCAAUCAAUUUCCUGAACAAAGUGAAAUUAUCAUGUCUGCAAUAAAUAUUCCAUCUAUGAUCACAUUAGUGCAAUGUCAUCGGCUGAAAGUUAUCCCGUGCGAUAUUAGUCUAGAUACAUUAGAAAUGAAUCUAGAUAACGUCAAACGUUUAAUAACGUCGAAAACAGUUGCAAUUGUGUACGCUCACAUUUACGGUAGAUGUGUCGAUGUCUCAAAAUUAGUGGAUCUAGCCUACGAAAGCAAUAUUUAUUUUAUCGAAGAUUGCGCAGAGAGUUUUUCGGGAUUUUGUUCGUGUUCAACGAAAGACAACAAGUCAACACUCGAUAUGUACUGCCCAACAAAUCUAUUUGCUGAUCAUCAUCCAACAUGUUACACGGGACAUCCACGUUCUCAUUUGAUUUUAUACAGUUUUGGUGUUUUGAAAUUUUGUACAUCAUUAGGCGGUGGUAUAGCUAAGAUUUCCGAUUAUAAUCUCUAUCAGAAAAUGCGAGACAUAUUCAAUCAAGAUCCAAUUCAAUCGAUCGAACAAUAUGCAACUAAUGUGAAAAAAUAUUUUUAUUUAUUUUGGUUAUUGAAUGUUCCUUAUGUAAUCAAGCCAUUGAUGUAUUUAGUGCGUUUAUUUAAAAUCAAUCACAUGGAAUUUGUUGUAAGUCGCCUUCGAGCAUUUACAAAACCUCCUAAACCUGAAGAAUUAUUUCUCUCCUUACGUCGUCAACCGUGCCGUCCAUUGCUUGCUUUUCUCGCGCACCGUUUUCAAACAUACGAUUAUCAACAUUUACAAAUGCAAAAACAAAAUGCCCUUUAUGUUAUCAAUCAACUAAACAAAACACCUAAUAUUCAAUUCAUUGGCUUAGAAUGUCCAAUAAAGAACUUUUGGCUAUUCCCAAUCAUUGUUUCGAAACCUGACAUAUUUGUUCGAAUGCUUUCUGAACAUCAUAUUGAUGCUUAUCGUGGCACUACGCAAUUAAAUGUUAUUACCAAACAAUUAACUGAUACAGAUAAUGUUCCAGUAAGUAUAGAUGAUUGCCAUAAAUGUCCGAAUGCUGAAUAUUUGAUCGAGCAUGUGAUUUACCUACCUGUACAUUGCUACGUACCAAAACAAGUGCUAGAUCGCUUAAUCAAAGUUGUGAAUCAGACAGCACGACAAAUUGAUCAAUAUCAUUUAAGAUCCAAAUUAUGA